AUGGCUGGACGUGGAGGGGUUGUUAAAAGAGUUUGGGAUGGUUAUGUACCACCGGAAUGUCAUCGGAAUCCGGCAAUCCACCGACUAAACGGAAACUCGAUAUGGGAAGUAGCUCAAGAACCUCUCCAUGAAGAUAUUGAUUUUAACAAGACAUGUGGGAUUGGACCAACAAUGGUGUUUGCUAAUAUUGUGUUGGAGAUGGACCCUCAAUUUGGGAAAAUAGGGUUAGUCCCUUGUGCGAUCGGAGGCACUAGUAUCGAUAAAUGGUCACAGGGUUCCAGGCUCUACAAUGACAUGAUUAAAAGAGCUAGAAUUGCUUUGCAAGAUGGUGGAACAAUUCAAGGAAUUCUUUGGUACCAAGGGGAAAGAGAUGCAUUAACUUUGAAAAAAGCAAAAUCUUAUAAAAGAAAAUUGGAGAAACUUUUUGGGGACGUUCGCAAUGAUUUAAAUUCUCCAUUACUUCCAAUAUUUCAGGUAGCCCUAGCUUCUGGAGAAGGACCCUUUAUGGAAGAAGUGAGAGAAGCCCAGCUUGGAAUUAACCUUGACAAUGUAAUAACUGUAGAUGCUUUGGGCCUGCCUUUGGAGCAAGAUGCCCUACACCUUACUACUCAAGCCCAAGUCCAACUUGGAUAUAAGUUGGCUGAUGCAUUUCUUAAAGCCCAUUAUAUAUUCAGAACAACCCAAUAG